AUGGAAGAAUUUGUGGCCAGAAGCUUGAUUCAGAGAAACUUUGAAGGGCUUGAGGCCAACCUUAAGCCUGCAGAUACAGAGGGUACAGUUAUGCAGGAUAUGGAGGAAUUGGAUAAUACCAUUACAAUGGAGGAUCAGAUUUAUCUCCUUCUGGAGGCCAAAGUUCAGUGUGAACAAAACCUCACAGCUCAGGUACAAGAAGAAAGAGGAGACGAGUGCUUUCCAGAAUGGGACGGUCUAAUCUGCUGGCCCAGGGGGUCAGUAGGAAAAACAUCAGCUGUGCCUUGUCCUUCUUAUAUCUAUGAUUUUGAUCACCAGGGUAUGGCCUUCCGACAUUGUAAUUCAAAUGGAACAUGGGCUUAUGUGCACAGUUUAAACCGCACAUGGUCUAAUUAUUCUGAGUGCCUCCGUUUCCUGCAAACAGAAACCAGUGUGCGAAAGAGGAAAUUCUUUGAACGUCUCUCUGUCAUGUACACGGUGGGAUAUUCCAUUUCCUUCUCCUCUCUGGCUGUGGCUGUUUUCAUCAUUGGCUACUUCAGGAGGCUCCACUGCACCCGGAAUUGUAUACAUCUGCAUUUGUUUGUCUCUUUCAUGCUCAGAGCUACCAGCAUUUUUAUUAAAGAUAAAGUUGUUCGUCCUCAUUUUGGAGACAAAGACUUUGACUCACUACUCACAAGUGAUUUACAAAAUAUUAUACAGACUCCAGUCAUGGACAGAUCUCAGUAUGUGUGGUGCAAAAUUACUGUGGUGAUAUUUAUUUACUUCUUGGCAACAAACUACUAUUGGAUCUUGGUUGAAGGUCUCUAUCUACACAGCUUAAUAUUUGUGGCUUUCUUUUCGGAUACCAAGUACCUAUGGGGUUUUAUCUUAAUAGGCUGGGGUUUCCCAGCUGUCUUUGUAGCGGCCUGGGCAGCAGUCAGAGCAGCAAUGGCAGAUGCAAGAUGCUGGGAGCUUAAUGCUGGAAAUAUAAAAUGGAUAUAUCAAACUCCAAUUUUAGUAGCUAUUGGGCUGAACUUUGUCCUCUUCCUGAAUACUGUGCGGGUGCUGGCCACAAAAAUUUGGGAAACAAAUGCUGUUGGCUACGAUGUCAGAAAGCAAUAUAGAAAACUAGCAAAAUCCACUUUAAUUCUGAUCCUCGUCUUUGGUGUGCAUUACAUUGUCUUUGUGUGCCUACCUCACACGUUCACUGGGUUAGGCUGGGAGAUCCGGAUGCACUGUGAACUCUUCUUCAAUUCAUUCCAGGGCUUUUUUGUCUCUAUCAUCUAUUGUUACUGUAAUGGAGAGGUGCAAGCUGAGCUCAAGAAGACAUGGGCUAAAUGGAACGUGGCCACAGACUGGAAGAGGACUGUUCCUUGUGGGAAUUCUCACUGUGGUUCUGUCCUCACUAACAUGACCCAGAGCACCAGCAGCCAGGCUCAGAUAGGUGCCAGCUCCCGCAUGAGGCUGGUUUCCAGCAAGGCAUGCAGGAAUGGCACAGGGCAGAACGAUGCCCAUAUACAUUUGCCUGGGUAUGUUAGGAGCAACUCUGAACAUGAAUGCAUGCCCCAGUGGGCUCAGGAAGAGGCUGAUGAAGAGGAAGAGAAGAGGCUGGAUGGCAUUUCUCUCAACAAACCUUCUAGACUUCAGAACAAUCAUGCAAAUUUUCUCAAGGUGGAAGCGAACUAA